AUAAAAUAAUCGAUGUCAGUCAUUCAGCUCAGGACGCCGUUUACCAUAGAGCAAGAAACGUUUACGUAGCCUUACUUGAAAACUGAGAUUGAGUCUGCAGUGUUAGUGCCUUCUUUUUCUGUAAUAUUAUAUUCUAAAGAAAAAUACAUCAUACCUUUCAAGAAUGAUCAUGUCCAGACAUGCUCAAGAACCAGAAUCUCCUACACAGGAAUAUCCACUGAGUGGAACUUCAUCUACCGAUGAACUUUGGGAUAGCAUCAGUGACAUGGAUUUAUUGGAGAUGGUGCAGCAGUAUGAAGGUGUUGAAGAACGUGAAACCAGUUGUCACAAAGAGUCAGAAAACAAAAAGUGGCAAUCACUUCCAAAAGAGGAAACUCAUGACUUCAGAAAGAGAUUGAAACUUGAAAUAGACGAAACACCAGAAACUGAGGAAACAGUCUUGAAUUAUAUUGAUGAAAAAGUGCAAAAGGCUACCCAACAUAGAAACCUUUCUAAGGAUCAAUUCAUACCAUCUACCAGUGAACAAUAUUUAUCGCUUGAAAACCAUCCCAAAGACCAGCUUUCAGACAACAAUCUGACACCCAAUCAGAUAGCAAUAUCAAAAUUUCAGACCCAGACCAAGCAGAGCCAACAUGAAAAAAAAGAAAUUAAAGACAGUGGUGUUAAUGGUGAUCAUAAAGACAUAUCAACUUGUGAAGAUAAGCCAGAGGCUCUUUCAUCUGGUGAUGACGUGGUCGCUGGUCAGUCGGGUACAAGACAAAGGAAAGUAUUCACACCAUUUGACAAGUUUCGUGGCAGGUAUCUAAAUGUGACAGAUCUGACAUCACAAGCAUGGUGUGAACAGGCUCUUGUGUACUCCUUCACCAGAAUAAGACCAACAGUGGAAGUUGACUCUAGUCCACGGAAAACUGGUGCUAGUAUUCAUUUGGCUCGAGAGCUCGAAGUCCAUGACAUUGCAACUAUCCCAGUAACCUCACGUGAGGAUAUGUUUGCUAUCAAAUUACUGAAUAUGUUAACAUCCAUCAUUGCACUUACCACUUGGACAAGCACUAUCAGGGAACUACCUGUUUUUGGAGAGCUUCCAAAUUCUAACAUGUUUGUUAGUGGAAUCAUCGAUGAAAUUAAGUACAAUGCCAAAGGAGAGUUAGAACUUAUUGAAUUGAAAACAAGAACCUCGCAAAGAGAACCCUCUAAAGCUCAGUUCAAGACUCACUCUUUACAAGUUAUGCUGUAUAAACAUCUGUUUGAUGGUCUUGUGAAGGGUAGCUUAAGCCGAGACAUAGUGCUUUCCAAAUUGAGCCUCGAUGCUACAAAGACCCUUGGGGAAAAUGUCAUUGAGCAAGGCCACAAUCUUGGAUUGGAGUGUACUAUUUUUGGCGAUCUUCUUGAUGUUGUUCUUUUACGAUUUCAAUUCACUGAUCUGCCUCUGGUUGAUGCACUCAAGAUAGAAUACUUUCACCAAAAAUCCGGUUUAACUUUUGCUAACAGAAGUGUAGAGAUGGAUGCCGAUUGGUUGAAUGAAACAAUGAAGCAUUACCUUAAGUUUUGGAAUGGGAACCGAGAUGCUGAAGGAGUUGAUAUAGAAGAGGCAUGGAAAUGUAAAUCAUGUGCAUAUUAUGAUGACUGCGAAUGGAUUGAAAAAAGAACACAAGAGUUAAGCAUCGAAAAUAGAUUAAAUAAUGGUAUGUAAAUAUUACUGAGGUCUUGAAUGAAUGGAUAAAAACACUACUGAUUAAAUAAAUUAAUU